UUAAAGAAUCAAGUGACCAGCUGCAGCUCCCAAGUCGAUUUCAGGCUCCUUAGAGCACCCCGUCUCUGUCAGGUUCAAUCCCCCAUGAGCCGAGGGGGCGGUGGGAGGAGGGAGGUGGCGUGUGCCGACAAAGGACCCAGCGAGGACACAUGCAGGACCAAACUUCCCAAGUAUCCCGUGCAGUCCAGAAGCCUGUGCCGGCUGUGUGAUGACUGUGACAUACACAAAUCGGGUAGCUGAUGCACGCCUGGGCACCUUCUCGCAGCUCCUGCUCCGAUGGAAAGGGAGUAUCUACAAACUCCUCUACUGUGAGUUCUUCAUCUUCAUCACUCUCUACUUUAGCAUCAGCCUCACUUACAGGCUGAUCCUAAAUGCAAGCCAAAGGCUGAUGUUUGAGAAGUUGGCUCUGUAUUGCAAUAACUAUGCUGAACUGAUCCCUGUGUCCUUUGUGCUGGGUUUCUAUGUAGCCCUGGUGGUAUCUCGCUGGUGGGGUCAAUAUGAGAGCAUUCCAUGGCCCGACCGCAUCAUGAACCUGGUCUCCAGUAAUGUGGAUGGACAAGACGAGUAUGGGCGCCUCCUGCGGCGCACCCUGAUGCGCUACAGCAACCUUUGCAGUGUGCUGAUCCUCCGUUCUGUCAGCACCGCUGUCUACAAGCGCUUCCCCAGCACAGAGCACAUCGUGCGAGCAGGCCUCAUGACCCCAGAAGAGCACAAGAAGUUUGAGAGCCUGAACUCUCCCCACAACAAGUUCUGGAUCCCCUGUGUGUGGUUCUCGAACCUGGCUGUGAAGGCGCGGAACGAGGGCAGGAUCCGGGAUAGUGUGCUGCUCCAGGGCAUCCUGAAUGAACUAAACACCUUGCGUAGCCAGUGUGGGCGACUCUAUGGGUAUGACUGGAUCAGCAUCCCGCUGGUCUACACUCAGGUGGUCACAGUGGCCGUUUACAGCUUCUUCCUGGCCUGCCUGAUCGGCCGGCAGUUCUUGGACCCAGCGAAGGAAUAUCCUGGCCAUGAGCUGGAUCUCUUUGUGCCUGUCUUUACUCUCCUGCAGUUCUUCUUCUACGCUGGCUGGUUAAAGGUGGCUGAACAGCUCAUCAACCCAUUCGGAGAGGAUGAUGAUGAUUUUGAAACCAACUGGCUCAUUGAUAGGAAUCUGCAGGUCUCCCUUCUCGCUGUGGAUGACAUGCACCAGGAUCUGCCCCUCAUGGAGAAGGACCUGUACUGGAACGAGUCCUACCCCCAGCCACCCUACACUGCAGCCACUGCUGAGUAUAAGCGGACAUCAUUUCUUGGCUCAACCUUUGACAUUAGCAUGCAGAAAGAAGAGAUGGAAUUCCAGCCGCUGGAGCAAAUUAAAGAGAAUGAGGAGGCAAACCACUCUACACCACUGCUGGGACAUCUGAGCCGCUUGCUGGGGGUCCAGUCACCGAGUUUCUCCAGGUCAUCCUCCCGGAUGAAUCUGCCACGCAAGAGGAAUGACCCUUUGUCCCCCUUCCCUCAUUACUUGUACCAGGAUGUAGGGAAACCUGGAAGCCCCUGCAGUGCCAAUCCGCAAAGGAGAGACUCCUCCCACCCAGGCUCCAGUUCACAGGAGCAAUGGGACAAUGAAGAUAGAAAACUGAGAGAGUUUGAUGCCUUUGUGUCAAUCCCCUUCUAUGAGAGACCUGGCUUUUAUAGUGCUCCACAGACACCAAUCAGCUCCAUCCCUAUGAUCUUCCCAUCCAGGCGCCCAGGACGCAAGAAGCCCCCUGCUCUCUCCAGCAUCGUGGCCUGUUCGACUUCAAUGAGAGACAACUUUGCCAACCUCUCACCUUCCAGGGCUAGUGAUGUGGACAAAAGCCAGAGCUCCCUUGGUUCUGCAGUUAAGGAAACUUUUGUUUGGCAAGGAGAGCAAGACAAAGCCCCAGACUCCCUGGUGGUGACAGUAGAGGAAGGAGAGAAUAACAUGUUGAACAAUAAAACAAAUGAGGUUGCCCCUGUUAGGAGUCCAGGGCCUCAAUCUAUAGUAUCGGAAAGCCCCAAGUUUCCCUUCCUAGCAGAGUCUCCAGACCAUGAAAAACAAGGCAGCUUCAAGAGCUUGAAGAGUCUGAAAAGCCACCGACAUCCCUGGCUAACUCUGGAGAAUAUGACACCAGCAGCCACCCCAAACUCAGAUAAUCCCAGCAACUUUCAUACUCCCAGCAUGAGAACCCCUGGUAGCAGUGGGCCCCUCUUCUUUUCAUUCACCCCCGUGACAUCCCCAGUGCUGGAGAGGUCACGUUUAGGGAACUCAGGCACUGUUCCUAGACCAAGCUCAGAUGAUGCAUCUAGUGCCCUGGUGCAGGCUUCCAUAGAGGUUUCUGGGACUGGAAGAGAGACAGGAAAUGGAAAUGCUAGUGCUCAUCACACUGAGGAACAGAGGAGAGCAGAGAGUCCCUCACCUAAUGAUUCUGGUAUCUCCUUAGCAGAUGGUGACUACGUCGGGCUGAUGGAGGUGAUCAUGGAAGCCAGUGAGAAUGUGUCUGAUGAAGUGGAUAGAUACAGUUAAAUGAAGAGACCAAUUGAUUCCUUCUGACUGCUGAGAUACCCCCCUACUUAGGAUACUGCAGUGUCUUUACCCCAAAUGAUAUCGGUGCUCAAGAUGCAUAAAGCUUCUACAAAGAAGCAAUACAACCAUACCAGCCAUGUACUGCCAAAGUUUGGGGCUUCAGUACCUGAUGGAUGAUGGCAUGAACUUGUUCCCAGGGCCAGUUUACUAGCAAUGAACUUCAUGCAAUAGAGUGUACAAGAACAGUUCAUGGAACUUCAGUGUCACACCUAUGGGAAUACCUAUACAAUUAAAGCAAAAAAUGAUUUUAUAAAAUUCUUCAUUAAUUGCAAGUACUUAGAAUGGAGCAACAUAGGAUACCAGCAACUUGGGUGCAGAUACACAUGAAAUCAGAAGUCUGUUUCCUAAAUAUGCCUGGAAUGCUGACCCAUUACAAAACAACACCAGCACUCAGCCUUGCUGGUGUCUGCCACAAGAGACCCAAUAACAAGUGCCCCAAUGCAUAGUUCCUUAGUUUACACUGAAUGGGGGUGGUGUUUCAGAGGAUACUGUUUUCCCCUUCCCCUAUAUAUACAUCAAAGCUUUCACUAACUUUGCUUGCCCUUCAUCCAAACUAAAUUGAAGUAUGACGACAGUUUUCAGUGGUAGCCAUGUUAGUCUAUAUC